GACUCGUCCACCGAAAAUAACCUGCAUGAGGGAGGGAAGAGACUUCCAGAGUAAAAGUGAGAGAGGGAGAAGGAGAGGGAGGAGGAAAGGAUAGCGACCGAAACAUCGGAGAAGGGAAACGACAAGAAGAAGAGAAACGGAGUGUCUGCGUUGCAAUGGAAUUAAAACUGCGCAAUUUCAAAUCCUCUCUCCGCGGCUCUGCCUGCGUUGGCCAGCGGCUGCAGACCUCAGCCACACGCCGCCUCAUGGCUCCUGGACAUGCGAACGCGUUCGUCCAGCUUGCGCGGAUUUCCGCGCCAUACAUCGCUGUCCUCCGUUUUGACAAACAUUGUGUGGCAGUUUUUUUGUGAUCAUGUUUGACCUACAUGGCAAACGUUUGGAGAAGAGAUAGCUGAAACAAGCCACGGUGACGGCCGCAUCUUUGCUUCGGUUUCAUAACGUAUCUGUGCGUGUGAGAAGUGCAUCCUCACGCCGUCAUUAGGAACAUGCGUAUCGAUUUGGAAUGCAUAAUUAAACCUUCAAACAUGACCAUGCUCGUGCUGCGUGACUCUCCAGGCGUCCAUUCGGGUGGGAAGAGGGGAGUACGUGACAUAAUCGUCUUUUGGGGAUGCAACACUGUACAAUUUACCACUGUGGAAAAGGGACACGGCACCUCCCAGCCACUCUCUGGUUUUGGCAGCAGGGACGUGCGAGCGAGCCUGAAUGCUGAUGAACGAGCUGGGCAGUCCCAACACCGCCGGCGAGGGUCAGGGAGUUUGUCUGAGGAUCACCACAGCCAAUCAUGACAGAGUUUGCCUCUGAGUGGCAGACCCAAUGGCCAAUUGGCUUUUUACCAUGGGACGUCCCUGUGCCCUGUGCCUGUUCCUCCACCUCUCCCCCCGGCAGCUCUCUGCUCCUCCCCAGGCGGAGGCCACCACGCUGGGCAGAGAGAGAGAGAGAGAGAGAGGGGGGGGAUGGAGAAAAGAGAUGGACAGCACAUUGGGGGUGAGAGAGAGAGAGAGAGAGAAAGAUGGAGAAAAGAGAGGGCUGCAGACAGAGAGCGAGAGCGAGCGAGCGAGCGAGCAAGUGGACCAAGCGGAGAGAGAGAGAGAGCAAGAGGGAGCACAAAUGCUGGAUAGAUUUGCUGAGCUGGACACGACUGGCUGACACAAACACACACACACACACACACUCUGGACUGUGGAUUUAACUCCAGCUAAAAACUCAACUGCUGCUGCUUACUGCCCCUGCUCCAGAAACCCCAAGAUUUUUGAGGAAGCUUGGGAGCAACCAACACGUAGAAGUUCCUUCAAAAAGUGCUUUCGUUUCGAACUGAAAAGAGCCCGCCUCCCCAUCCCGAUCGUCGCGAGAUGAUUGGCUCCUGGGGCCGAAGCUGAACGAGGCCUGACGAGAGACGUGUCGCUAGAUGCUGAUUGGAAAGGCACUGUGGUGAGGAGAAGGUAGAGAGCGGAUCACCUCAUCUCAUCUCAGGGCUGCUGUGUGAGACCCUCACUCUGCUGCGGUGGAGGGCUUCACAGAAACAGAUACUGUGGCUGGAUGCAUCACACAGCAGAGCACUUUGUUGGGCGCAGCACACGGGACGCCUUCCCUCUGGACGCCCUCAACCGGGGACCAUGGGCUCCCGUGGGCAACCGCUCCUGGGCCCCGCCCGCCAGGUGCGCUCCAGGCAUCAAUCAACAUCAGUUCCAUCCCCAUCCUCCCCCUAGUCACGUGACUACACUGAACCACCCCAGCAAAUUUUACCCCAAUGGUGCCCUCCCGCGUGGAGGUGACAAGCUGGACUUGUCCCCGGCAGCACUGUUGCCUGGGUUACCGCGGGAUGCCCCCCCCUCCAGGGUCCCGCCCCCCCCUCGCCCUUGGGAGCAGCUGGGCCUGUACGAGCCCUCGCCCGACGACCACGCCCGUCUCCAUGGUUACGCAGGCCCCGCGCCCGCACACCUUGCGGCCCGCGCCAACCAACUGCUGAAGUUUGGCGCUGCUCCUCAACCUCAGCACAGCGGCUCCAGAGCCAUGGGACCUCUCGGAGACUCGUGGGGUCAGGCACAGCAGCAGCCCCGGGCGUUUGCGGGCGGUCAGCUGAAGCGGGCGGCGGCGUCUCUGGGGGAGCACUCGGUGAUCCAGCACACACACGCGCCCCCGCCACCCACCCUCCAGCGCCCCCUGCUGGAGGACUGCCCCAGCCCCAACAAGAGGAAGAGGAGCUCGCUCGCAGAGCAGCAGGGAUCUCACCCAGCGCUGCAGCGGUUCUCCGUGCCCCUGGGGGGUCACCCCGGGCAGGUGCAGGCCCCCACCCCCUCCCCCUCCCAGUACGCCCCCCCUCCUCCCAAACCAGCCUUCUGGAGCCCCCUGCACAGCAACGCCACCCCGCCCUGGGCCAGCAACCCCCCCGACAGGAAGAGCAGCCCCGCCGAGUAUCAGGACUCGUCUAAGUUGGGCAUGGGUGGCUUCAGCUACAAGCCCUCUCCAUCUGCCCCCUCACCCCUCUCCUCCCCUGGGGGGUACAACCAGGACCGCAACCCGCCUCAACUGCCCCCCCAGGCUACCCACAAGCCCCUGCCACCCCCCAUCCCUCAGGCGCUCGUGCACGCCAACCCCCACCACAACCACCCUCGUCUCCACCCACAGAACAUAAAGCCCUCCCCCCACUCCACCACCACCUCCUCCUCCACCUCCCACCUGGGACCUCCACGGUACCAGGACUCCAGGAGCGGCGCGGCCCAGCCUCGAGGCCCCGAGCUGGGCAUGCCGUCAGCAGUGAGCCACCCUCCCUCUGGAGCUCCUGUGCAGCUCCAUCACCACCACCAACAACAACAACAACAUCAUCAACAACAACAACAGCAACAACAACGACAACAGCAACAACAGCAGCAGCAACAACAACAGCAGCAGCAGCAGCUGCAGCAGCAGGCGUCGUUACGAGGGGACACCAGCAGGGAGCGCCAGAGCGCGCCCACACCAGCAGCGAACCUCACCGCUGUGCCUUACGGCCUCCCCCACUUCCUCGGCCACCCCGGGAUGACCCCCCACGUCCACCCCCACCCCCAGGCUCACGCCAACGCCCAUCAUGCCCACGCGCAUGCCCACGCCACGGGGGCACCAUCCACUCUGCCCCCCCACCAGGUCACCAGUGCGUCAUCGCACGCCCCAACCAACACCAACACCAACACCAACACUGCCCCUCAUGGGUGGAGGCCAAACAUCAGCCAUGGGCAACAUACCAUGGGCUCGGGGCAUUACAUGUCGUCGCUGGACGCUGCGGGUGUGUGUGUGCCUCAGCAGAAGGAGCGGAGUCGUAGUCGGGACAACAGCGGCAGCAGCGGCAGCAGCAGCGGUCAGGAGCAGCGCCGUACCCCUGUCCCCCCGGGCACCCCACAGCGGGUGACCCCCCCACACAUGCCCCCCACUGCUGGCCAGGGCUCGCCCAUGGUGACGUCCAGAGCCCCCGUCAUCACGCCGGUCAUCACGCCCACCCCUCCACGCUCGGAGCCCAAUCACACACCCCACUAUGGCAGCAGCGGCGUAGGAGGAGGAAGAGGAGGAGGAGGAGGAGGAGGAGGAGGAGGAGGAGGAGGAGGAGGAGGAGGAGGACACACAGCGGUCAGUCGAGUGGUCAGUGCCGUGGGCUCUCCGCCGGGCGUUCUGACCCACGCUGGCUGGAAGACGUCGACGUCGGCGUCGGCAUCGUUGUCGCCGGACUCUGGCCCCCACACACUCCAUCACCACGGCAACCUGCCCCACACACAGCAGGGCGGGUAUCAGGGACCCAAGGCGGGCGGUGCCAGUCUGCACGCCCACGCGGAGGUGGGCAAACCUCAGCCGAGCCGCCCGGCCACCACCACCAUGCCCUACUACUCGCACCACCCGGCGAGCGCCGGUCACCUGGCGCCCUCGGGGCCGUCUCGGGCCGGCGAGAGCGUCAUCACGGCCACCAACACCAGCAGCGGCGGAGCGGUCAGUCGCUCCAAACACACUGCCCCCACGUCCACCCCCGUGUCCUCUAAGCCCCUCCACCACCUGCCCCCCACCAUCCCCAGGCCCCCGACUACCAGCGUAAACAACAACAACAACAACAACCAACACAACAACAACAACGCCACCACCUCAGUCCAGUCGUACGCCAGGCCGGACGCAUCCCAGAAGGCCGUGCGGCCGUUCCCGCCGAAGGCGGAGACUCAGUCGAUGGAGGAGGUGCUUAAGAAGCUGGAGGCGGAGCUACAGGGGCACAUGCGGCAGAGGGAGAGAGAGGAGGAGGAGGAGCGACAGAAGGAGAGGAGGAGGAGGAGAAAGGAGGAAGAGGAGGCGGAGAGGGAGAGGGAGAGAGAGAGAGAGAGGAAGAGGAGCGCCGAGAGGAGGCGCGCAGCGGAGGAGGCGGAAGCGUCGGCGAGAGCAGCCGCCGCCCGGAGUCGAGUCGUCGCCGCGACGACCGCAGUGACCGCGACGACGACGACGGCGUCGGAGGAAGAGUCGGCGAUGGACAGUCUGGAGAGGCUGCUGGCCGGCGACCCGCCCCCUCCGCGCCUGUCGCCGGCGGCAACAACAUCCGCCCCGCCCGCGGUCCGUCAGCCGUCCCCGCCGUACCCGUGGCUGAGCCGCGGCGGGGGCGCAGGGAUGCCCUCGGGGUGCCCGCCCGCUCCCAUGCCAACCGCCGCCAGUCGCCCGCCGCCCCUCACGCCGCAGACGGACUUCGCCCGGGAGAAACAGCGCCAGCGCGAGAGAUGGGCAUCAUCGUCAUCAUCGUUGCCCACAUCCUCUUCUGUCCACUCGUCGGGCCACAUCGUGCCAAUCCCCAAAACCGGCCCCUCGCCACCCUCCUCUGCCAACCUGGCAUCGUCCAAAGACCUCCCUCACCCGCCACCACUCCGAGAGGCUCCGCAGCUCUACCAGUCCUUCACCCGGGACCCUGCGCCCGCCUCUGCCCUGGGCAGUAAGCGUGUGCCCGUUGGAGGGCUGGGCAGCUUGGGCAGCAGCGCCUGCAGCAGCAGUAGCAGCGUGGACUCGGACGGCGCCCAGUUCGAGGAGGAGCCCUCGGAGCUGCUGCCCGACGGCCUUGCCAACAUCAUGAAGAUGCUGGACGAGUCCAUCAAGAAGGAGGAGGAGAUGGGCCAGGGAGGGAUGCCCCCGCUUGGCAUCGCCCCCGGCAACGGCGGCAACAACAACAACAACAACGACAGCCGCGGCGCCAGGGGAGUCCUGCCAGCGUUCAACCCCCUGCCAGUCACCGUGGCGUCUGUGGUCAGUACCCAGCCGCCGCCUCUGCCGCCGAUGAAGAGCUACCUGUGCGCGCCCGACUUGGUGCCCGCCGCCAAGCAGUCGCCCGCCGAGGACUACGGGGCGGACGGGCACAGCAGCCCGCCGGUGCUGAGUCGCCAGGGCUCGCUGGCGUCGCCCUGCAGCCGCACGUCGUCGCUGGAGGAGGAGGACGAGGCGGGCAUCAAGAACCCGCCGCCCGGCAACAACAAGCCGUCGCUCGGCAACACCCCCGCCAACGCCAACGCGGUCGCCCCGGCGACCAACUACCGCCACAACGACCUGGCCAAGCUCUACGGGCUGCCCGAGCUCCCGACGAAGGUGGUGGAGGAGGAAGAGGACGAGGAGGAAGACGAGGAGGAGGAGGAGGAGGAAGAGGAGGAGGAGGACGAAGAGACGCCGCGGCAGCGUCCGCACCUGCACCAGACGGGAGUGGGCAGCGCGUCCUUCAAGUCGCUGACCACCGUCCUGGAGAGCCAGAAGUACACGUACCGGGGCGGACCCUUCGGACGACCCCCGCCGUCCGCCCUCCUGGGAGGGGUCAAGUACUCGUCGUCGCUGUCGCUCGGGCCGGACAUCGCCCGCGCCCAGCACCAGCAGCCGUCCAGCAACAGCUGCUCCCCGACGUCCGGGUCGGUCAGUCACCCGGGAUUCGGACGCUCCGAGACCAGCAGCCCCGCCGAGCAGCAUCAACAACAACAACAACAACAACAGGUCUCGUCUGCCAUGAUGACGACGACCAAAACGGCGCCGGUCACUGACUGGUCAGCGGAGAAGCGUCGCGAGGACAUGGAGGAGGUGAAGCGGCGGAUCGCCGCCGAGCUGUGGGGGGACGAGGCGCCGGUCAAGGAGGAGCGGAGAGCGCGGGACAAGGAGCGAGGAACGAGGGAGCGCUCGGAGGAGAAGAGAGACGAGAGCGAGCGGCGCGGAAAGGAGCGGAAGGACGACCGGCCGCGGCUGACCACCAUCUCCGAGUCCUCGCUGGCCGAGCUCGGACGCAGCUGCGAGGACCUGCUGACCCGACACGCCCACUCCACCGUCCAGACGACGACGACCUCCUCCUCCCACCACCAGCACCGUCACGAGGAGGCGCGGCAGGGGGAGAAAGAGAGGGAGCGAGAGAAGGAGAAGGAGAAGGAGCGAGAGAGAGAGCGAGCGGAGCGACACCGGGAGAAGAAGGAGAGGAGCAAGCAUCGGCACGAGAGCCGCAAGCACCAGGAGCGCAAGGAGAAGAAGAAGAAGCAUCGGGAGAAACGCGAGGAGGAGCGCACCGCCCUCUCCUCCUUCUCCUUCUCUUCUUCGUCCUCCUCCUCCUCCUCCUCCUCCUCCUCCUCCUCUCCGUCCUCCUUCAGCUCGGGCAGCGGUAGCGGGAGCGGUAGCGGGAGCAGCAGCAGCAGCAGCAGGAGGCACAAGGACGGCAAGCCGCACAAGGACAAAAAGCACCACCACCGGCAGGUGCUGGCCAGCCUGGACCUCCAGGGGAAGGAGGCGCGCGACAAGGAGCGCCGCUCGCACGGCGAGGAGAAGAGGAGGCGCAGAGAGGAGGCCGGGGAGAGGGGCUCGUCCAGGGACGGCACUCCGACCCCAUCCUCCUCUUCCUCUUCCUCUUCCUCUUCCUCGUCGUCGUCGUCGUCCUCGGACUUCCUGCGCCUGAGGGCGCUGUCGGACGGGCCGCCCAAGGAGCUGAAGAUCCGGCUGAUCAAGGUGGAGGGCGGCGAGCGCGAGACCUUCAUCGCCUCGGAGGUGGAGGAGAAGAGGGUGCCCCUGGAGGACAUCACCAUCCACAACUCCGCCAGCGACAUCAUCAGGGCCUGCAAGAGUGCCCGUGUGAAGGGCAAGUUUAAGGAGUCCUACCUGCUUCCCGCCUUCUCCGUCAAGCCCAGCAUGCCCACAGAGAUGCCCAUUCCCAGAGAGAAACUCAACCCUCCUACGCCCAGCAUCUAUCUGGAGAGCAAGAGAGAUGCCUUCUCCCCGGUGCUCCUGCAGUUCUGCACUGAUCCCAAGAACCCCAUCACCGUCAUCAGAGGCCUAGCAGGCUCACUCCGACUCAACCUGGGCCUGUUCUCCACCAAGUCGCUGGUGGACGCCAACGCGGACCAGCCGGUGGAGGUGCGCACGCAGGUGCAGCAGCCGGCCGACGAGAACUGGGACGCGGCGGGUACGGGCCAGACCUGGCCCUGCGAGAGCAGCCGCUCACACACCACCAUCGCCAAGUACGCCCAGUACCAGGCCUCCAGCUUCCAGGAGAGCCUGCAGGAGGAGAAAGGGAGCGGUGAUGAGGAGGAGGAUGAAGAGGAGGACAAGAAGCCGCCCAGCACCUCUGAGACGCCAGCCGUCGCCCCCUCGGCCCCAGGCACGACGGAGCACAAGGCCGUGGGGAAGAUCAUCAAGUUCGGGACCAACAUCGACCUGUCGGACCCCAAGCGCUGGAAGCCCCAGCUGCAGGAGCUCCAGAAGCUGCCCGCCUUCAUGCGCGUGGCCUCCAACGGCAACAUGCUCAGCCACGUGGGGCACACCAUCCUGGGCAUGAACACCGUGCAGCUCUACAUGAAGGUGCCCGGCAGCCGCACGCCAGGGCACCAGGAGAACAACAACUUCUGCUCGGUCAACAUCAACAUCGGCCCUGGAGACUGCGAGUGGUUCGCCGUCCACGAGAACUACUGGCAGGCCAUCAGCGACUUCUGUGAGAAGCACGGUGUGGACUACCUGACGGGGUCCUGGUGGCCGGUACUGGAAGACCUGUACCGGUCCAACAUCCCCGUGUACCGCUUCGUGCAGCGGCCCGGCGACCUGGUGUGGAUCAACGCCGGAACCGUUCACUGGGUCCAGGCCGUGGGCUGGUGCAACAACAUCGCCUGGAACGUGGGCCCGCUCAACUCCUACCAGUAUCAGCUGGCGCUGGAGCGCUUCGAGUGGAACGAGGUGAAGAAGGUCAAGUCCAUCGUGCCCAUGAUCCACGUGUCCUGGAACGUGGCCCGCACAGUCAAGGUCACCGAGCCGGACACCUAUCAGAUGAUCAAACACUGUCUCCUACAGUCCAUGAAGCACAUUCAGAUCCUGAGAGACCAGCUGGUGGCGGGAGGGAAGAAGAUCUCCUACCAGAGCCGGGUCAAGGACGAGCCCGCUUACUACUGCAACGAGUGUGACGUGGAGGUGUUUAACCUGCUGUUUGUGACGAGCGAGACGGGCAGCAGGAAGACGUACGUGGUGCACUGUGAGGACUGUGCCCGCCAGCGCAGCCCCGCCCUCGCCAACGUGGUGGUGCUGGAGCAGUACCGCACCGAGGAGCUCAUGGCCACCUACGACAGCUUCAGCCUGCAUCAAGCGUCAAGUUCCCGAUGAGUCGCCUGCUCCUCUCCCCUCCUCUCCUCUCCUCUCCUCUCGUCUCACAGCCAUAACCAAAUCUCCUGUCUGCCAGGAAGAAAGAGUUUGUUUUAUUUGAUUUGAUUUGAUUUUAGUUUAUUUUACCACAAAAAAAGACAUUUUAAGUUCCUUUUUUUCUGUUUGUACGUUUGUUUAUUUGUUUGUAUGUACUACUACUACUACUGUUGUUGUUGAACAAGCCAAUCGAAAACCAGUUUACUCAACGUUGUUUACAAUAACAAUCAGCCAAUAAAACUCCUGCUUGUCGGCGGUCCGGCACGCCUGUCUUUGGACUAGUCUGACGAGGAUAGGACGGUGGAGCGCCGUUGGUGUUGUCAUGGAAACAGCAGUAGAGUUGACUCUCAAUGGCAUGUCUAUGUUUUCAGGUUGUUCAGGUUUUUUUUUCUAUGAAUACUGAAAAUUGUAAAUGCUGUUUGUAUUUUUCGCGUGGUGCUGUUUUCUUUUUUUAAAAUAUAAUUUAUUCUUUUUUAAAAAUAAAAAAAACUAGAGCAGCCUAGAUAUAUACCACAUUGGCCUUGUGACUUGUAUUUAGUGAAGAGAUCAGAUACUAAUGAUAGAGAUAUGAAUCCUUUUAAAAAGCAUUAAGAAUUUUAAAAUACAGUUGUUUGGAAUUCUACAAAACAUACGGGUUUAACAGACUGUCUUUCGUUCAUACAUCUUUGAAAAAAUAAUUGUUGGUUUUGUUGUCCUUGGAGAGAAAGAAAAAAAAAGUCAUGACGCAGCAUUUUAGAAUAUUUUGGGGGUCUUUUCUUCAUAGUUUUUCCUUUCCUUUAUGAGAGAUAAUUAUUGUUAUUGAUAUUUUGUCUUUUUUGUUUUGUUUUGCUUCAGUUGACUUGUACCUCUUAUUUUUGACAUUGGUGAUGCAGAUUCUUCCUGGAUUUAUCAGAUUUUAAUUGUACAUUGCUUUUCUAAUUUAAUGUUCUUCUCUAUUUAUUGGAUAUAAAUGUGCUCCCUCAGUCCGUAGGGUUGUCUGAAUUGUUCAAAGCUUUUUAUUAUAAUGAAUUCCUGUAAUGUUGGGGAGGGGGGGUUUUAUUGGUGGGGGGUGUCCUUUUCGAAUGGUGCUGACCCUUGCUCUUGAGCCUCUCCUGGUCUAGACAAGUCAUCUUUUCACACACGUCGUGUGCCACGUUUGUCUUUAGAUAGAAGUGCAGUGCACAGACUGGACUGGGAGUGAAGAUAGGACUUUUACUAAACAACAUAUUUUUUUUCCUUGUACAUGGGGGGAGAAAUAAACAACAAGCAAGCAACAAGGAGCCAUUGUUAUCUCCCCACAUAAACACAAAACAAAAAAAACAACAAAUAACGUAACAGUGAGAGGUGUUUUUACUGUAAACGCAUUGUGGCCUCUCAGUGAGCAGAGAUGGACACAGGGCCUUUUGGAGACUUCCUAUCGGCCGUUGUCCCGGGAGACCUAUUUUGGAGAGCUCCUAUUGGUCGUUGACACUUGUCGUGAGAGACAGUUUUUGUGUUGUUUUGUUUUUGUCUGGUGCUACUUUUAGCCCAAGUGGCUAGGGGUGCUAUUUCAUGACCACAAGCUCAGAAAAACGGAGUGAUGUUGACACACACAUAAAGACAUUGACACACACACACAGACACACAAAGCGUUUUGUUUGUCACAACACAUCACAGGUGUGUGUGCACGCGAUUCUGGGUGCAUGAGUGUGUGUAUGUGUGUGGGCCUUCAAUGUGCUAAGAUGCUUUUUCCUCAGAUGAUUUUGUUUGUCUUUCAAGUCUUAUAGCUAAAAUGGACGAUUUUCACAGGACAGUACUAUGGUGAGCUGUUUGGUUACGGUUAUUUCAGAAGGUGCUGAGUUCUCUUUGAACUCUUUUUUUCCUCUUUUUUAUGUUUUUAAAAAGAAAAGAAAUCUAUUUUUCCUGUUGCAAUAUAUCCUCCCCCACUCCUUUAUUUGUGGUCUUUUAUUUAAAACUGCACUGUCAAGAGGUGUCACACAGGACAAACAAACUGAGCCACACUUGUCUUAAACACUUUGUGAAUUCGUGUGACAUUGCUAUGAUUAUUAUUAAUUAUUAUUAUUAUUAUUAUUAAAUGCUUUUGAUAAACUUG